AUGAGCGACCCUGGCGAGGGAGAAGAUGAAGUCCAGUUUCUGCGAACGGGGGAUGAGGUGGUUUUGCAGAGCACUUUCACUUCCCAGGAGGAGCAUGUGAAGCUGUGUCUUGCUGCUGAGGGCUUUGGCUGCAGACUUUGCUGCCUUGAGCCCACCUCCAACUGCAAGAAUGUUCCACCAGACCUGUCGGUGUGUGCUUUCGUCCUGGCCCAGUGUCUCUCUGUCCGUGCCCUGCAGGAGAUGCUGGCCAACAGGGAGGACAAAGCUGCAGGAUUUGCAUGUCAUUUGAAGUUUGCAUGCUUGUGCUUUGCAGGCAGACAUGGGGGUGGCCAUCGCACCCUUCUCUAUGGCCUGGCGGUUUUGUUCCAACACUCAUACAGUGGCAUGUAUCUCAGCUGCUUGUCUUCAUCUGAGUCAUCAACUGAUAAACUGGCAUUUGAUGUUGGUCUGCAAGAGGAUAAAACAGGUGAGGCAUGCUGGUGGACAGUCCACCCAGCAUCCAGACAGAGGUCAGAGGGUGAGAAGGUGCGUGUUGGAGAUGACCUCAUACUGGUCAGUGUUUCCUCAGAGAGAUAUUUGCAUCUGUCCUUUGGCAGUGCAGUUGACAACAAAUGCCUGAGUGGCAGUCUGACUGUUGAUGCAGCCUUCCAGCAGACUCUGUGGAGUGUCGCUCCCAUCUGCUCCGGAGGUGGAGUUGCUCAAGGAUAUCUGAAGGGUGGAGACACACUGCGGCUACUCCAUGGCCACACUGAUGCAUAUCUUACCAUUCCCUCCAUAGAACAGGGAGAGGAGCUACGGAGGAUGCUGCAUUAUGAGGUUGGAGCAGUGUCCAGCUAUGCCCGCUCCCUCUGGAGGCUGGAGAUCCUGAGUGUGGUGUGGAGUGGCAGCCACACACGCUGGGGCCAGCCCUUUCGACUUCGCCACGUGACUACUGGGAGGUAUCUGGGUCUUACAGAGGAGAGAGGCUUGCAUCUGGUCGAGUGGGACAGGGCUGACAUCAACACAACCUCCUUCUGCUUUCGACCAUCAAAGGAGAAGCUUGACUUUGGCACAAAGGUUAACGUGGAUGGUAUGGGGACCCCAGAGAUCAAGUAUGGAGACUCAGUUUGUUACAUUCAGCAUGUAGACUCUGGCUUGUGGCUCACUUACCAAGCUAUUGAUGCCAAAUGUGCCCGCAUGGGAGGAGUGCCGAGAAAGGCCAUUAUGCACAGUGAGGGUCACAUGGAUGAUGGCCUGACCCUAUCACGCUCCCAGAGAGAAGAGUCUCACACUGCCAGGCUCAUCCGCAGUGCUGUUCUCCUGUUCGGCCACUUUGUCAGGAAACUAGAUGGUUUUAAUCAACAUGGAAAUGUCCCCUCUGCGAGUCUACCAGUGGAAACAGUGAGAUUUAGUCUGCAAGAUCUGAUUGACUAUUUCCAGCCUCCAGGGGAGGGGCUAGACCAUGAUGCCAAGCAGAACAGCAUGACAGCCCUAAAGAAUCGUCAGAAUCUGUUUCAAGAAGAGGGUGUGAUAGGUUUGGUCUUGGGAUGUAUUGACCGUCUAAACCAGCACAGCAGCGGUUCUCAUUUUGCUGUGGGUGUUCACAGUGACACUGUAGAAGAGUGGGAGAACAUCCUCAACUCUUUCUAUGAGCUGCUGGCUGCCCUAAUCCGGGGGAACCGUAAAAACUGUGCCCAUUUUUCUGGCUCACUGGACUGGCUGAUCAGCAGGCUAGACAGAACAGAGGCCUUGGGUGGAAUCUUGGAGGUUCUGCACUGUGUCCUGCUCGAAAGUCCCGAAGCGCUCAAUGUCAUCAAAGAAGGACACAUCAUGUCCAUCAUCUCUCUACUGGAUAAACAGGGACGCAAUCACAAGGUGCUGGAGGUGCUGAGCUCUCUGUGUGUGUGCCAUGGUGUGGCGGUGCGGUCCAACCAGAACCUCAUCUGCGACAGCCUGCUGCCAGAGAGAGACCUGCUGCUCCAAACACGCCUGAUUAACCAGGUCACCAGCAUGAGGCCCAACAUCUUCCUGACUAUGGGGGAGGAUUCAGCCCAGCAUCGGAAGUGGUACUAUGAGCUGGUUGUGGAUCAUGUGGAUCAUUUCCUCACAGCUGAGCCCACCCACUUGCGUGUUGGGUGGGCCUGCACAGCAGGCUACCGGCCCAGACCCACAGGAGGGGAAGGCUGGGGGGCCAAUGGGGUAGGAGACGACCUCUUCUCCUACGGGUUUGAUGGGCUCCAUCUCUGGUCAGGCAGUGUAGGUCGCAGAGUGAACUCUCCUUUCCCUCACUUGCUGAAAGAAGACGACGUGGUCAGCUGCUGCCUCGACCUCAGUCCUCCCUGCAUCUCCUUCCGGGUUAAUGGUCUGCCAGUCCAGGGCAUGCUAGAGAACUUCAACACUGAUGGAUCCCUUUAUCCUGUGGUCAGCUUCUCUGCUGGAGUCAAGGUUCGUUUCCUGUUUGGAGGGAGACAUGGAGAGUUCCGCUUUUUGCCCCCGCCAAGCUUUGCUCCCUGUUUUGAAGCUCUGCUCCCUGGAGUCAAACUGAAGGUAGAGCCGUGUCAGAGAUUCGUCUUGGACUGCGGAGACGGGAAACAAGAGCUCAUUGGACCUUUAGUACCCAUCAAACCAGCUACCUUCACUCCUACACUGGUCGACAUCAGCAAGGUAGAAUUACCCCCGCAACUGGAGCACAUCCGAGAGAGACUGGCGGAGAAUAUCCAUGAACUCUGGGCUAUUGACAGGAUUGAUGUUGGAUGGACGCAUGGAUCUGCAAAAGAUGAGUGUAAGCGGCAUGAUCCAUUUCUGGUGGAGUUCUCCAAGCUCCCAGAGCAUGAGAGGAACCAGAACCUCCAGAAGGCCCAGGACACCCUCAAGACUCUCAUUGCUCUUGGCUUCCACAUUGGAAUGGCUGAAGACCAUGCUGACGAAGGAGUGAGAUACAUGAGACUUUCCUCCAAGUAUGACCAGCCUAGUGGCUACAGGCCGGCCCCAGUUGAACUGAGCCAGGUUUUUUUAAGCCCAGCCCAGGAAGAGGCAGUUGACUUGCUGGCUGAGAAUGACCACAACGUGUGGGCCAGGGAGCGCAUCAGGCAGGGAUGGACUUAUGGAGUUCAACAGGAUUUGAAGGCCAAGCGUAGCCCGCGCCUCGUGCCUUACAGCCUUAUUGAUGAGAGGAGUAAGAGGUUAGCAAGGCAGAGUGUCAGAGAGAUUGUCUGUACACUCCUAGCCUAUGGCUACAGCCUGGAGCCCCUCAACCAAGAACAGACUCUUCUACCAGUCCCAUAUCUCACCUCCGCUGAGAGGUGCCAGGUGUUUCGGACUGAUAAGUCGUACGCUGUGACCCGGGGGAAGUGGUACUUUGAGCUUGAGGUGGUAACAGCAGGAAGUAUGAGAGUGGGUUGGGCACGGCCAGGGUUCAUCCCAGAUAAAGAGCUGGGCUCAGAUGACCAGGCAUAUGUCUUUGAUGGAUCUAAGGCUCAGUGGUACCAUCAGGGUGGUGAGCCCCUGGGACACCCCUGGCAGAGAGGCGAUGUGGUGGGGUGUUUUGUGGAUAUGGCUGAGUGUACCAUGAUGGUCACGCUCAAUGGAGAGGUGCUGUUUAACGACAGGGGAUCAGAGCUUGUUGCCAAGGACUUUGAUAUCAGAGAUGGCCUGGUGCCUGUGGUCAGUGUUGGGGUUAACCAGGUGGGAAGGCUGAACCUGGGCCGCCAGCUGGACUCUCUGCAGUAUUUCACUGUGUGCGGCCUUCAGGAGGGCUAUAAGCCCUUUGCUGUCAACAUGGCUAGAGACCCGGCACUGUGGAUUAGCUGGAGACAGCCUCAGUUUAUUUCCAUACUGCCUGAUCAGGACAACUUGCUGGUCACCAGGGUGAGUGGGACAGCCGAUACCUCAGCCAGCCUGAGGGUCUCUCAGCGGUUGUCUGCGCACCAGAAUGGAGGCAGUGAAAUGAGCUUUUACCGUCUCAGCAUGCCCAUUGAAUGUGCUGCCACCCUCACCAGCCCUGCAGGGGGUGUGAUUCCAGCGGCCACCAGCCCUUUGUCUCCAGGUUAGGAUCUAGAGCAAGAGGAGGUGGACUCUGACUUUGAGGUUCUCAUGAAGUCAGCCCACGGCUUUUCCGGCUCAAGAGAUGAGCUCAACCACAAGGACCACAGCCAGGACAAAACAUCCAGAAUCAAACAACGGUUCAUGCUGAAGAAGACCAAACCAGGCCUAGUCAGCAGCAACUCAUCCGCCCGUCUUCUAGAAGAUGUUCUUGUCGACAAAGAUAACUAUGACCGUCUCAUCCAAAGCUCCACAUAUUAUUAUUCAGUAAGGGUGCUUCCAGGCCAAGAGCCAUUUAAUGUAUGGGUGGGCUGGAUCAGCUCUGACUUUCACCAACAUGACUUGACCUUUGACCCUGAAAAAGCCCGCACUGUGACUCUCACCCUGGGAGAUGACUGUGGCAAGGUCCAGGAGAGUGUGAAGAGAUGUAACUGCUACAUGGUGUGUGCUGGAGAGGCCACAGGCCUGUCUCAGAGCAGAAGAAGCACAGGGCUGGAGAUUGGUUGUCUGAUUGACACAGCCACUGGCCUGCUCACGUUUACCUCUAGUGGAGUGGAGAUGGCCACCUUCUACCAAGUGGAGGCUAGUACAAGGCUGUUCCCUGCUGUUUUUGUCAAGCCCACCACCAGCAAUAUGUUUCAGUUUGAGCUGGGACGUGUUAAGAACAUGAUGCCUCUGUCAGCAGGUCUUCUUCGCACUCAGAGGAGGAACACUACACCCCAGUGCCCUCCCAGGUUACAGGUCCAGCAGCUCACGCCGGUCUUGUGGACUCGGCUACCCAGCUGUGCAUUGAAGGUGCUGGUUGACCAGCCAGAUGAGCGUCAUGGCUGGAGAAUCCAAUGCUCUGAGACCCUACAGGUCAUGACCCUUCACAUCCCAAAUGAAAACAGGUGUGUUGACAUCUUGGAGCUCUCUGAAUUUGAUGACCUCCUGACCUUUCACCACUACACGCUGCUCCUUUACUGCUCCCUCUGUGCCCUUGGCAACACUAGAGUUUGCCAUGCCCUCUGCAGUCACCUGGACCAGUCACAAAUCCUCUAUGCCCUUCAGAGUCCCUACCUCACUGGCCCACUUCGUUCAGCAUUCUACCAUCUGCUCAUUCAGGUUUACCUUAGCACCCAUGCCACAGCACGCCUCAUGAUGAACCAGGAGUACAUUGUCCCAAUGAUGGACCAGACCAGAGCUAUCACCCUCUACCCGAGCACUGCAAACAGUGGUAUCAGAUGGGAUAGUCAACCCAUACUGGGCAUUCCCAGCAUUGGCCUUAGCACUUCUCUGAAGCCACGCAUGCACAUUUCCUCUCCUUGUUUUGUUAAGAGUGAUGGGAUGGCAGCAGAUGAUGGCCCAGAAAUCCCCCUUGAUGUACUGAAGAACCUAACUGUGGAGAUGUUGACUGCAGCAGUGCGGGCUGUUGGACAGGGUGUGAGGGAUCCUGAGGGGGGCAGCAUUGAGCUUCUGCUGGUUCCCCUGGUUAGACUGUUCUAUAUUCUACUUGUAAUGGGGGUAUUUGGGGAUGAGGAUCUUGGGAAAGUGCUGAGACUGAUAGAGCCUGAAGUCUUCUCCAGAAAAGAUGAAAGCAGUGAGAAGAAAGAGGAAGAGGAGGACAGUGAUGAUGAAUGUGAAAAUGAGUGGGAACCGCCCAGUGACAAGGAAGAUGACACCCCCAAACGAGGACUUCUUCAGAUGAAGCUUCCAGAAGCUGUCAAACUUGAGCUUUGCCAGGUGAUGUCCUACCUGUGCGACUGCCAGGUGCGCCACAGAGUGGAGGCUGUAGUGGCCUUCUCCGACACCUUUGUGGGCCAGCUGCAGGAGAAUCAGUGCUCCCGUUACAAUGAAGUCAUGCAGGCACUCAACAUGUCUGCUGCCCUGACUGCCCGCAAGACUAAGGAGUUCCGCUCACCUCCACAGGAGCAGAUGAACAUGCUGCUGGGCUUCAGAGAGGAUCAGCAGCAGGAGAAUUGUCCAUGCCCGGAGGAAAUCAGAGAGCUGCUGCUCGACUUCCACCAAAACCUCAGCACACACUGUGGCAUAGAUUUGGACAGUAACUCAGAGGAUGAGGAGGAUGCUGAGAUGUCAGUGAAAGAUAGACUCUUUAGUCUAGUGGUGAGAGUCACUGGACUGAAGAGGACACCCGCAGAAACUGAUGCAGAGUAUCGACCACAGAGUCCCAUGUUGCUCAAGGAUCUGAUUUCUGAGACGAUGGUGCGCUGGGCCCAGGAGGCUGUGAUAGAGGACCCUGACCUGGUUCAGGCUAUGUUUUCACUGCUGCACCGCCAGUAUCAGGGCCUGGGGGGGCAGAUGGGAGGACCCCUCUGCAGGGCUUAUACCAUUAACCAGAGCUCAGUGGAGGACACCAUGGCCCUCCUGGCCUCCCUGGGCCAGAUCCGCUCCCUGCUCAGUGUCCGCAUGGGGAAAGAAGAAGAGAGGCUGAUGAUCAGGGGAUUGGGAGACAUCAUGAACAACAAAGUUUUCUACCAACACCCCAACCUGAUGAGAGCAUUGGGUAUGCAUGAGACUGUGAUGGAGGUGAUGGUCAAUGUAUUGGGAGAAGGUGAAUCCAAGGAGAUUAUCUUUCCAAAGAUGGUGGCCCACUGCUGUCGCUUCUUGUGUUAUUUUUGCCGCAUCAGUCGUCACAAUCAGGGAGCCCUGUUUGACCACCUGAGCUACCUGUUGGAGCACAGCAGUGUUGGACUAGCCUCACCAUCCAUGCGUGGGGCCACUCCUCUGGAUGUGGCAGCAGCCUCUGUUAUGGAUAACAACGAACUGGCCCUAGCACUGAGGGAACCCGACCUGGAGAAGGUGGUCCAGUACCUUGCUGGCUGUGGUCUCCAGAGCUGUCCCAUGCUAGUGGCUAAAGGUUAUCCGGAUAUUGGAUGGAACCCUGUUGAGGGCGAGCGUUACCUGGAUUUCCUACGUUUUGCUGUCUUCUGCAAUGGUGAGAGCGUAGAGGAGAACGCUUAUGUGGUGCUGAGGCUGCUGAUUCGUCGGCCUGAGUGUUUUGGCCCUGCCCUGCAAGGUGAAGGGGGGGAGGGCCUCUUGGCAGCUAUGGAAGAAGCCAUCAGGAUCUCUGAGGACGUUUCUAUGGACGGACCUUCCACCACCUACCGGUCCAACAGAACACUAGAUGUUCAGGAUGAUAGUGAUGACCUUAUCCACAUGGGACAUGCAAUCAUGACCUUCUACUCGGCUCUCAUCGAUCUGCUGGGGCGUUGCGCCCCAGAGAUGCAUUUAAUCCAAGCGGGCAAAGGGGAGGCCAUCCGCAUCCGUGCCAUCCUGAGGUCACUCAUCCCCAUUCAGGACCUUGAGGGGGUCAUCAGCAUCCCCUUUCAAAUCCCUGCACUAGCUAAAGAUGGAACGGUGGUUGAACCCGACCCGUCUACAGUGUUCUGCCCCGACCACAAAGCAGCUAUGGUUCUAUUCUUGGACCGGGUCUAUGGCAUCCAGGAUCAGAGCUUUCUUCUCCACUUACUAGAAGUUGGAUUCCUACCCGACCUUCAGGCAGCCACCUUGCUUGACACUGAUGACCUGGGAUCCACUGACAUGGCUCUGGCCCUCAACAGAUACCUGUGUACGGCUGUGCUUCCCCUCCUCACCAAGUGUUCAGCUCUGCUCUGUGUGUCAGAGGGCCAUGGUAUGCUGGUCGAUUCCCUCAUCCAGGCUGUGUACCGCCUCUCCAGAACUCUCAGCUUGACUAAGGCUCAGAGAGACUCCAUUGAAAACUGCUUGCUGGCUGUCUGCAGUAAACUCCAGCCAUCCAUGAUGCAGCCUCUCCUUCAGCGUCUUGUCUUCGAUGUUCCCCAGCUCACAGACCACACCAAGAUGCCAUUAAAGCUGCUGACCAAUCAUUACGAGCAGAGCUGGAAGUACUACUCUCUAACAGGACAGGAGGACCAGGGCUCUGCCUCUGAGGAGGAGCUCCACCUGUCCAGGAAGUUGUUCUGGGGGAUAUUUGACUCUUUGGCAAAGAAGCCCUAUGAACCAGAGUUAUUCAGGCUGUGUCUGCAGUGCCUGGCCGCCGUGGCAGGGACUCUGCCUCCUGACCACAUUGACCCGUGCUGCAUGUCCCAGCUGGAGAGAAAAGGCUUCACGGACACGGAUGGACACUUUGACCCACAACCUGUAGAUACCUCUAACAUUUCUGUACCAGAGAGACUGGACUUUGUUGUGAAUAAGUAUGCAGAGCAUACUCACGAGAAGUGGUCACUGGACAAGUUUGCCAACGGCUGGGUUCACGGGGAGCAGUUAUGUGAAAACACGAAGGUACACCCUCUGCUCAAGCCAUACAGGGCUCUGGCUGAGAAGGAAAAGGAGGCCUACCGCUGGGCCAUUAAAGAGACACUAAGAAGUAUGCUGGCCUUUGGAUGGCACAUAGAGAGGACCAAAGAAGGAGAGACGUUAGAAAUGCAUACCUGCACACGCAAGAUUUCUCAGUCUGGUCAGUUGUCUUUUGAAGGGGCAUCAACCUUCAGUCCCAAACCUGUGGAUGUUAGCAGUGUCACCUUGACAUGGGACCAGUGUUCCAUGGCUGAACACUUGGCUGAAAACUACCAUAAUGCCUGGGCCAAAAAGAAGAAACUAGAACUGGAGACUAAAGGAGGAAGUGGCCAUUCAAUGCUUGUGCCAUAUGAUGCUCUCAGUGCCAAGGAAAAGACCAGACUUCGAGAAAGAGCCCAGGAUGUCCUUAAAUUCCUGCAGCUCAACGGGUACACUGUGUGGAGGGACAGGAAGAUAAUGGAGAUGGACUCCCCAGCCAUAUCUAACUGCUUUGGCUACACUCUGCUUCAGCAACUGCUAUCACACACUGAGGAGGCCCAGGAACACAUGCUGGAGCUAGCCAGAGGACAGAUGUCCAAAGGGGAGAGAGCUCCACACCAGCAACUAAUACAUUUUUUUCCCGAGGUUGUCCUGCCUCUGCUGGAACAAUUCCUGAAGAGCCACCGUCUCUACUUCCUGUCCACCUCUCCCUCUUCCCAUGGUAACAGAAGCCAUGCAUUAAACAAGGAGAAGGAGAUGGUCACCAGCAUCUUUUGUAAGCUUGGAGCUCUAGUGAGACACAGGAUCUCACUGUUCGGAAACAACGCCUCAUCAGUUAUCAGCUGUCUCCAUGUUUUGGCCCAGUCUCUAGAUGCCAGGUAGAUGAUGAAAUCAGCACCGGAGUCUGUCCAGGAAUCUUUGCGUUUGUUCUUUGAAGCAGCUGCAGUUGAUCUGGAGGUGACGGUGGAGAACCUCUCCGUGACCUUGGCUUCUUUGCCCCAGAGCAGGAGUCAGCAUCCCAGAGCAGUAGCUAGUGUCCUCAGUUACACAACUUCCACUCUUGUCCCCACCCUCACUGCUGUUUUCCAACAUCUCAGCAACCAAAAGUAUGGAGAGGAUCUCCUGGUGGGCAGCGUCCAGGUGUCCUGUUACAGGAUCCUCAACAGCCUUUACUCUCUUGGCACCAGCAGCAGCAUCUACAUGGAGGGGCAGAGGCAGGCGGCUGGCGCCUGCUUGGCAGCCUUGACCGGGGCAUUCCCUGUCUGCUUCUUGGAGCCUGCUCUCAACCAAGACAACCCUUACUCCAUCUACAACACCAUGAGUGCCACUGAGAGAGAUGACCUAAGGGUGUCAGAUGAGGUGGAGGACAUGUGUCCCCAACUGCCCUCUCUAGAGCAGGCUCUGGGGGAGGUGGAGGAGCUGGCUGGUGCUGGGGCAGGGGCUCGCCAGGCGCACUACAUCCAUGUCACAGAGGUCACCCUGCCCAUGCUAUGCAGCUAUGUGUCUCGCUGGUGGCACUGGGGCCCCGAAGGCCAGCCAGACAGCCCAAUCUGUACCUCUUUGAUUCCCCAGCAUGCCAGCAACCUGCUUGGCCACAUCCUUUACAUCAUCCACAACCAUCUGGGCAAUAGCCAGGGCGACUGGAUGAAACAGCUGCCAGUUUUUGCACAGCCAAUUGUAUGCAAGGCCAGCACUGAGCUGCUGAAGAGCCACUUCCUGCCGCUGAUGGAGAAGCUGAGGAAGAAGGCAGAAUGUGUGCUGCUGGAGGAGGAGCAAAUGAAGGUGGAGGGGCGGAAUAACCUCUCAGAUGCAGAACUAAAGAUACAGGAGAAGUUCACUCUACUAGUGCGAGACCUCUAUGCCUUCUAUCCUCUCCUCAUCCCAUUUGUGGAUUGUAAUAGGGCCAGAUGGCUGAAGGAGUCGAGCCCUGAAGCUGAGCAGUUGUUUAGCAUGGUGGCAGAGGUCUUUAUAUUCUGGGCCAAGUCUCAUAAUUUCAAGUGGGAGGAACAGAACUAUGUGAUCCAGAAUGAAAUCAACAACUUGGCUUUCUUGGUCAACAGCAAUACGGUGUCAAAGUUGAACUACGAGAGGAGGAAGAUGAAGAGGAAGGGGGAUCGUUAUUCCACGCACACCUCUCUCAUUGUGGCUUCCCUGAAGAGACUGCUCCCUGUGGGGCUGAGGGUUUGUUCUCCCAGCGACCAGAGCCUUAUCCUGUUGGCUAAGAGCCAUUUCACUCAGAGGGAUUCUGAAGAUGAGAUUCGGGAGCAUGUUUGUAAUGGCCUUUUACAUCUUCAGAGCAAGCUGGAGUCACGAAGGUGUUCGUGGCAGGAGGCUUUCCUUACAAAGCUUCCAACCCAGCCAGGGGCCUCGUCAGACCUCGAGAAGGCUGCAGACAAGAUCCUGGGAAUUGCUCGAGUUCUUUAUCACUUGGACCAGGUGGAACACCCACAUAGAAAUAAGGCUGCUGUUUGGCACAAAGUCUUAUCCAAACAGAGGAAGAGAGCAGUGGUGGCCUGCCUCAGGAUGGCUCCCCUGUACAACCUACCCAGGCACAGAGCUGUCAACCUGUUCCUCCAGGGCUACAAUAAGUCCUGGAUAUCAGCUGAGGACCACAGCUGUGAGGAGAAGCUCGUGGAGGAUUUAGCUGUGAGUGGUAAAGGAGGCCAUAUCGGCCCUGAUGAGGAGGAAAGUGCCAAACCAAUCGAUCCCCUCCUACAACUCAUUACAUUGUUCAGUCGGAGCGCUCUGAUGGAAAGGUGUGUUAAGCUUGGAAAUGACACUCUCUACAAUUCCUAUGCUGCUAUCAUGGCCAAGAGCUGUCAUAGCGAGGAUGAAGAUGAAGAAGAGGUGAAAAGCUUUGAAGAGAAGGAGAUGGAGAAACAGAAGUUACUGUAUCAGCAGGCCAGGCUUCAUGAUCGUGGGGCUGCUGAGAUGGUCCUGCAGACCAUCAGUGCCAGCAAAGGGGACAUGGGCUCCAUGGUGGCCUCUUCCCUGAAGUUGGGUAUUGCCAUUCUCAGUGGAGGGAAUGCUACUGUCCAACAGAAAAUGUUGUAUUAUCUGCGAGAGAAGCGAGAUGUUGGCUUCUUUCAAAGCAUGGCUGGACUCAUGCAGUCUUGUAGUGUGCUGGAUCUGAAUGCAUUUGAGAGGCAGAACAAAGCAGAAGGAUUAGGUAUGGCCAUGGACGAGAGCUCAGGGGAGAAGGUGAUGCCUGACAGAGAGCUGACCUGUGACCUCUUCCGUUUUCUGCAGCUACUCUGUGAAGGACACAACUCAGAAUUCCAGAAUUACUUGAGGACACAAACAGGGAACAACACCACAGUCAACAUCAUCAUAUCCACCGUGGACUACUUACUUAGAGUACAGGAAUCAAUCAGUGACUUCUACUGGCACUACUCAGGGAAGGAUGUGAUUGAUGUACCGGGCCAGCACAACUUCUCCAAGGCCAUAAUUGUGGCCAAGCAGGUCUUCAACACACUCACAGAGUACAUACAGGGCCCAUGUACUGGGAACCAGCAGAGUCUUGCCCACAGCCGUCUGUGGGAUGCUGUUGUGGGAUUCCUCCAUGUUUUUGCCCACAUGCAGAUGAAACUGUCUCAGGAUUCAAGACAAAUUGAGCUUCUGAAAGAGCUGAUGGAUUUACAAAAGGAUAUGGUUGUGAUGCUCCUUUCCAUGUUAGAGGGCAAUGUGGUUAAUGGAACCAUUGGAAAGCAGAUGGUGGACAUGCUGGUGGAAUCAUCAAGUAAUGUGGAGAUGAUACUGAAGUUCUUUGACAUGUUCCUCAAACUCAAAGACCUCACAUCCUCAGAUGCCUUCAGAGACUAUGACCCUGAUGGUAAGGGCUACAUCUCCAGGAAGGACUUCCACAGAGCCAUGGAAAACUCCAAGCGCUUCUCACAAGCCGAGACUCUCUUCCUCCUCUCCUGCACGGAGACGGACGAAAAGGAAAUCCUGGAUUACGAGGCCUUUGUGGACCGCUUCCAUGAGCCUGCCAAAGACAUUGGCUUCAGUAUUGCUGUUCUCCUCACCAAUUUGUCUGAACACAUGCCUAAUGACUCACGUCUGGAGACAUUCUUGCACCUGGCAGAUUGCGUCCUGACUUACUUCCAGCCCUAUCUUGGGCGCAUUGAGAUCCUGGGCAGCGGAAAACGAAUUGAACGUGUGUACUUUGAGAUCAGUGAGUCUAGUCGCACACAGUGGGAGAAACCACAGGUCAAAGAGUCCAAGAGACAGUUCAUAUUUGAUGUGGUCAAUGAGGGUGGAGAGAAGGAGAAGAUGGAGAUGUUUGUCAAUUUUUGUGAAGACACCAUCUUUGAGAUGCAACUAGCAGCCCAGAUAUCUGGCUCUGACAGUGGACAGAGGUCUGCUGGAAAUGGGGCUGAGAGCGAGGACGAAGAAGGAGGCCAAGACACUUCAAACAAAGGAAGGUUUUCCUUAACAUAUUGGUUUUCACUGCUAAUAUCUCUGCUUUCUGCCAAAAACCUGAAGAAGCUGAUAAAAAAGAUGACUCUGAAGGAUAUUUUCAUGUCAGUUGUUUCCUUCAUCCGAUUAAUUUUCAUGGCUCAGAUCUGCUGCAUUUGUGCUUUAGUCCGUGGCAUCGGUUAUGUGCUGUACAUAUUCUUUGUUAGUGGUGGGCUCAUAGAGGGAGCCAAGAAGAUGAGUCUCUCAGAUUUGCUCGGUGGUAUCCUUGAACCAACACUCGAUGAGGUUGCGGAGAUGCCGUGUAAUGUGGACCAGCUAAAGAAUUACUCCACCGCUUUCCCUUCCCAGAAAGAAUUGAGUGAGCUGGGUCAGGUGGCGGCUGUGUCCUUCCACAGGGAAGUGGACGUUCUGUCAGACAUAUUUGGCCUCCGAGUGAAGAAGGAAGGAGGUCAAUAUAGACUCAUAACGCAUGACCUCACAGCCAGUCUGACUGACCUUUUCAACACAGCCACAAGACACACUGCCACCACAGAUUGCUCUGAGAAAUAUCAGGGCAAGACCCAGGCCACCAGGGAGGCGGAUACAGAAGAAGAUGAGGAAUUGCCUGAAUCAGAGAAUGCAAAAGGAAAGGAAUGUGAAAACAAGGUUGGGAAGGAAGAGGCCAAGGCUAAAUGGUCAGCUAAGAGAUGCUCCAGUAAGCCUGAGGAGCUAGAGAGCCAGCAAUCUGCCCUCUGGGAGACAAUAAGCUCCCAUCACAAGACGCUGCUGAAUUACUUUGCAAGAAAUUUCUACAACAUGCGUUUGCUGGCGUUGUUUGUGGCCUUUGCAAUAAACUUCAUCCUCCUCUUCUACAAGGUAUCAUCCUUGCCUGUGCCACAUGAAGAGGUGGAGGUGGUGGCAUCAAUCCACAGUGAAGAGCAGGACUCUGCUGCUGGCGGUGACAGUGAGAGCAGCGUUUGCUUUGUCCUGGAAGAGAGCAGUGGAUACAUGGAGCCAUCACUCCACUUCCUUGCAUUAGUGCACACACUCAUCUCCUUCUGUUGCAUUAUCGGCUACUACUGUCUCAAGGUACCAUUGGUGAUCUUCAAACGUGAGAAGGAAGUAGCCCGGAGGCUGGAGUUUGAUGGGCUGUAUGUGACAGAGCAGCCCCCUGAGGAGGACAUCAAGGGGCAGUGGGACCGACUCGUCAUCAACACGCCAUCAUUUCCCAGUAAUUACUGGGAUAAAUUUGUGAAGAGGAAGGUUAUGGAUAAGUAUGGUGAGUUUUAUGGCUGCGAGAGGAUCAGUGAGCUCCUGGGCCUGGACCAGGCUGCUCUUGACUUCCGCUCUCAGACACAGGAAAGGAGGAGGCCCAAGAGAGACACUGCCUGGAGUGCUCUAUUUAACUCCGUUGACGUCAAGUACCAGGUCUGGAAACUAGGAGUUGUGUUCACUGAUAAUUCCUUCUUGUACUUGGCCUGGUACAUGGCCAUGUCAGUUCUGGGUCACUACAACAACUUCUUUUUUGCUGCUCACCUUUUGGACAUUGCCAUGGGCUUCAAGACGCUUCGCACUAUUCUUUCCUCCGUCACACACAAUGGAAAACAGUUGGUCCUGACUGUGGGCUUGCUGGCAGUCGUAGUGUAUCUCUACACAGUCGUGGCCUUCAACUUCUUCAGGAAGUUUUACAACAAGAGUGAUGACAGGGAGACUCAGGACAUGAAGUGCAAUGACAUGCUCACUUGCUAUAUGUUCCAUAUGUAUGUUGGUGUGCGUGCUGGUGGAGGCAUCGGAGAUGAGAUUGAGGACCCUGCUGGUGAUGAGUUUGAAGUGGAACGCAUCAUCUUUGACAUCACUUUCUUCUUCUUUGUCAUCGUCAUCCUUCUGGCCAUCAUCCAGGGCUUGAUAAUCGAUGCCUUCGGGGAGCUUCGUGACCAGCAGGAGCAAGUGAAAGAGGAUAUGGAGACCAAGUGUUUUAUAUGUGGAAUAGGGAGUGACUACUUUGAUAAAGUCCCUCAUGGGUUCGAGACUCACACUCUACAGGAGCACAACCUGGCCAACUAUCUAUUUUUUGUGAUGUACCUCAUUAACAAGGAUGAAACAGAACACACGGGACAGGAAUCCUACGUGUGGAAAAUGUACCAGGAGCGAUGCUGGGAAUUCUUCCCUGUAGGAGACUGUUUCCGUAAGCAAUACGAGGAUCAGCUUGGAUGAGAAGAGAUCUGUGGAAUUUGAGAGGCUCCCUUGAUAAUGUCAUCACACAGACACCAACUUGAUCGAUGCUCUUGGACUCACCAAAUUACCUCGGCUGUUGUGUGUGCGCUACACAGACUUUGGGUUUUGGAGUGAUCUUCCCUUAACACUUAUAUACAUAUAUGUGUGUUGAUGCAUGGUGCUAAUGUUGUGUUUGCUCAUAAAUUGUAUUUAUUGAAUCAAUUGGAAACAAAGGGUUGAAGACAGCUCUCAGAAUUGUUUGUAUUCAGAUGAAAAGAUAUGUGCUCUUUAGUUUGGCUUGGCUUUCCCCUAGUCAGGAAAUUGCCUGUUUUAUUGGUUUCCUGAGUCUGCUGCAAGUGUAUUCACAGGGUAGCAUGAGUCAGUUUACUAACGAUUUUAUAAAUCAUUAUCUUAAAACAGUGGAAGAAACUCAAAAUGUAAAAUCAAAAGAUGCUGUAUAGCACUUUGUAGUUUGGAUUUGUCUUUGUAAACCUCAUGUUUUCAGUGAAUGCAGUGAUCUGUCUUUGCAAUCGCAGCCCCACAUCCCUCUCCUCUGUGUCUCAUUCAGAUAAACACUCCGUCUGCUAUCUGUUCUUUUCACCCUCCUCCUCUGUUCCUUGGGGCGCUCCUUGCCUUGUCUUUUGUGCUCCUCUCUCCAUGCUCCU